AUGGCUAGCAGUCUUAAAGCUGGCCGUUAUGGCGCACAAAACGUAACUCAAUUGGCUCGCUCCACCUUUUUUCGUCAAAAAUUCCAAGCUAAUGGUCUCCGACGGUUUGCCCAUCAGACUCAAACCACUCCUGCUCCUCGCCAUCUACUGUCCAUUGCAGACCUUACCCCAUCAGAAUUUGCAACUCUAGUUCGCAAUGCCUCGUCGCACAAACAAGCCAUCAAGUCCGGGGCCAUCCCGCAAAAACUCUUAGGAUCUAUGUCCGGCAAGACCGUGGCUAUGAUGUUCAAUAAGCGCAGUACUCGUACCCGUAUCUCUACCGAAUCUGCCACUGUCCACAUGGGUGGUCACCCUAUGUUUUUGGGCAAGGACGAUAUCCAGCUCGGCGUAAACGAGUCGCUUUACGAUACCUCCGUCGUCAUUUCAUCCAUGGUUUCCUGCAUUGUUGCGCGUGUAUCCAAGCACUCCGACGUCGCAGACCUUGCUAAGCACUCAUCCGUUCCCGUCAUUAAUGCUCUGUGCGAUUCCUACCAUCCCCUUCAGAUCAUUGCCGACUUUUUGACAAUCUACGAAUCUUUUACACCAAAGGAUCACAAUAUAUCAAGUCUCGGUCUUGAGGGCUUGAAGAUUGCUUGGGUGGGUGAUGCCAACAAUGUCCUCUUCGACUUGGCUAUCGGUGCCACCAAGAUGGGUGUCGAUAUUGCAGUUGCUACUCCUAAAGGUUACGAGAUCCCGGCCGAUAUGAUCAAAGUCAUCCAGAGCGCCAGCGAGGGUGUAUCAAAGCCAGGCAAGCUCGUCCAAACCAACGUUCCUGAAGAAGCUGUCAAGGAUGCCGAUAUCCUGGUGACGGACACAUGGGUGUCAAUGGGCCAGGAAGAGGAGGCUGUUAAACGGAUGAAGGCUUUUGAGGGCUUCCAAAUUACAGCUGAAUUGGCCAAGCGUGGUGGUGCCAAGGAUGGCUGGAAGUUCAUGCAUUGUCUACCUCGUCAUCCCGAGGAAGUGAGCGAUGAAGUCUUUUAUAGCCCGCGCUCUCUGGUGUUCCCCGAGGCAGAAAACCGCUUGUGGGCCGCCAUCUCGGCUCUGGAAGGUUUCGUUGUAAACAAGGGAAAGAUUGUGGAGUAA